AUGUUUGAAAGAUUUUUAAAAUUCUCCAUUCUGAUCGCCUCACCCGUAUGGACAAUCGGCUUUCCGGACUGGACCGCCGAAACAUUUCCGAAUUCAUUGACCGAUCCGACGCUGUGUCAAAUUGACCGACCAGGACUGGUGUGUGAUCCAAAUGCGUUGCUGAACACAGUUAGCGACGUUUCGGGUGAGGAAGUUUUUCCAUUCGUUCAGCAGAUUUGUUUUUUGAAUUAG